AUGCUGCAAAAUCGCUUUGCCAUCUUACUUGCUAUCUUGCCAUGGUUAUGCAUGUUCGCUACAGCUCAGAGCGUAGCAUCUCAGGCAUACACACCUGUUGCCGCGCGGUGUCCUGCAGGCUUCAACCUGGUGCGAAUGGCUGGUACUCCUGGAAAUCAGACCCUCAGCUCAUCCGAGGCCUCCUACGUCCAAAAUCGCAAGGCCGAAGUCCUCCCGCAAGCCUGGAAGACAUACCUCUCCAAUGUCCAGUCCACCAAUCCUUCCCUCCCGAGUUACGUCUCAAGCAUUCUUUCGGGCGCUAGCUCCGAGAUCCCAACUCUAGGCAUUGCAACGAGUGGAGGAGGGUAUAGAGCAUCAAUAUUUGGUGCAGGAGUUCUGAACGCGCUAGACGCACGAAACUCAUCCUCCAACACUGCUGGAAUAGGGGGUUUGCUUCAGGCAGCGACAUAUCUAUCGGGGUUGUCAGGCGGAUCUUGGUUCAUCACAUCCCUUACUCAAGCCAAUUUCCCCACCAUGCAAGAGCUUAUCCUUGGACCCACCAGUCCCACAGUGUCUAACAAUUCGUGGGGAGGAUGGAACGCCGACUAUGAUAUUGCAACGCCAAGCUCUAAUCCUGUCACGGAUACGGAAUAUUAUACGGACCUUGUGGAGGAGUUGCGUGGCAAGUACGAUGCAGGUUACGUAGUAACGUUUGCGGACUAUUGGGCGCGCGCACUAGCUAGGCAUUUUACGAAUGGCACUUUCUCGUCUAACUUCUUUGACGAGUCAUACACUCAUGGAGCUGGUAUCUUAUGGUCUGCCGUUGCAAACACGACUUCUUUUACAUCCUACUCGAUACCAUUCCCAAUUGUGGUCGCGGACCUUCAAGCUCCGGGUCAGAAUUCGUCGGAGAUUAUUGCAGGAGACUAUGUGCCUUUAACCAACCCCAUAUUCGAGUUCAAUGUCUUUGAAACGGGUUCUUUUGAUCCGCAGCUUUCUGCAUUCACGCCUACCAAAUACUUGGGAACGACAAACAACAGUAUCUGCAUCACUAACUAUGAUCAGUCGGCGUUCGUCGCUGGAUCAUCUUCCGAACUAUUUAAUACCGCCAAUGUGGGUUCCGUUCCUACCUUGAGUACGACAUAUGGGCCUAUUUUAUCUCUUAUGGAGAGUAUCCUGCCUGAAGCGAAGGUUGAAUAUGAUGUUGCGUCUUGGCCGAAUCCAUUCUAUGGCGUAGCGCCGGACACGUUCAUUGAUUCUGCGCAAACAAACCUGAAUAUGGUGGACGGUGGCGAGGAUGGCGAAGUUAUCCCCUUGCAACCUCUCCUCGUGAAGGCACGUGGCGUCGAUGUUAUUUUCGCUAUUGAUGCUACCAACGAUAUCAACGGCUUUGCUGAUGGCAGCUCUUUGAUUGCCACGCAAAAUCGUACAUCGCUUUACCCUUCUGCUUACUCAUUCCCUCCCGUUCCCACUGCUUUGGGAGAAUUCACCGCACAAAACCUGACUACCCGCCCAACGUUCUUUGGAUGCAACACCACCAGUUCGAACGCAAGCACCCCGCUUCUCAUAUACCUUGCUAACGGUGGUCCACCCCACAAUGGUCAAGCUCCCGUCACCAACACCUCAACCACCCAAUUAUCUUAUGCGUUGUCAGAGAUCCAAGCAAUGCUUAGCCAGACAUUGGUCAUCGCGACCCAGGGGUACCCAACAAACGGAGUGACGACGGAUCCGGAUUGGCCCUCGUGUCUCGCAUGCGCUAUUGUUGACCGUGCGAGGGAGCGAGCAGGAGAGGCGAGGAGUGGAAUUUGCUCUACGUGCCUGGAUAGGUACUGUUGGGAUUCGAGCACGCUGACGACUGCUGCCUCUGUCAGUGGUACUAGGCGCAUCAGCAGCGCAUUCGGACAGCUGGCUGCCUUUGGGGUGGCGUCGGCUGUCGUGGCCAUGAUGCUGAUGUGA